GUCUUUACACCCUUCCCCACAGCCACGUACAUGUUCAGCUUCUCCACCGGUGCUGACACCAGCCACGUACAUGUUCAGCUUCUCCACCGGUGCUGACACCAGCUCUUUACACCCUUCCCCACAGCCACGUACAUGUUCAGCUUCUCCACCGGUGCUGACACCAGCCACGUACAUGUUCAGCUUCUCCACCGGUGCUGACACCAGCUCUUUACACCCUUCCCCACAGCCACGUACAUGUUCAGCUUCUCCACCGGUGCUGACACCAGCUCUUUACACCCUUCCCCACAGCCACGUCUUUACACCCUUCCCCACAGCCACGUACAUGUUCAGCUUCUCCACCGGUGCUGACACCAGGUCUUUACACCCUUCCCCACAGCCACGUACAUGUUCAGCUUCUCCACCGGUGCUGACACCAGGUCUUUACACCCUUCCCCACAGCCACGUCUUUACACCCUUCCCCACAGCCACGUACAUGUUCAGCUUCUCCACCGGUGCUGACACCAGGUUCUGGAGUGGUCCCUCUUUCCUCAAUUCGUCCCUCUCUCCUCUGGUCGGUCCCUCUCACCCUCAUUUACUCACCCGGUUGGGGUUGAUGCCAGCAGCAGCCACGUACAUGUCCAGCUUCUCCACCGGUGCUGACACCAGCUCUUUACACCCUUCCCCCCAGCCACGUACAUGUUCAGCUUCUCCACCGGUGCUGACACCAGGUCUUUACACCCUUCCCCCCAGCCACGUACAUGUUCAGCUUCUCCACAGGUUCUGGAGUGGUCCCUCUUUCCUCAAUUCGUCCCUCUCUCCUCUGGUCGGUCCCUCUCACCCUCAUUUACUCACCCGGUUGGGGUUGAUGCCAGCAGCAGCCACGUACAUGUCCAUCUUCUCCACCGGUGCUGACACCAGCUCUUUACACCCUUCCCCCCAGCCACGUACAUGUUCAGCUUCUCCACCGGUGCUGACACCAGGUCUUUACACCCUUCCCCCCAGCCACGUACAUGUUCAGCUUCUCCACAGGUUCUGGAGUGGUCCCUCUUUCCUCAAUUCGUCCCUCUCUCCUCUGGUCGGUCCCUCUCACCCUCAUUUACUCACCCGGUUGGGGUUGAUGCCAGCAGCAGCCACGUACAUGUCCAGCUUCUCCACCGGUGCUGACACCAGCUCUUUACACCCUUCCCCCCAGCCACGUACAUGUUCAGCUUCUCCACCGGUGCUGACACCAGGUCUUUACACCCUUCCCCCCAGCCACGUACAUGUUCAGCUUCUCCACAGGUUCUGGAGUGGUCCCUCUUUCCUCAAUUCGUCCCUCUCUCCUCUGGUCGGUCCCUCUCACCCUCAUUUACUCACCCGGUUGGGGUUGAUGCCAGCAGCAGCCACGUACAUGUCCAGCUUCUCCACCGGUGCUGACACCAGCUCUUUACACCCUUCCCCCCAGCCACGUACAUGUUCAGCUUCUCCACCGGUGCUGACACCAGGUCUUUACACCCUUCCCCCCAGCCACGUACAUGUUCAGCUUCUCCACAGGUUCUGGAGUGGUCCCUCUUUCCUCAAUUCGUCCCUCUCUCCUCUGGUCGGUCCCUCUCACCCUCAUUUACUCACCCGGUUGGGGUUGAUGCCAGCAGCAGCCACGUACAUGUCCAGCUUCUCCACCGGUGCUGACACCAGCUCUUUACACCCUUCCCCCCAGCCACGUACAUGUUCAGCUUCUCCACCGGUGCUGACACCAGGUCUUUACACCCUUCCCCCCAGCCACGUACAUGUUCAGCUUCUCCACAGGUUCUGGAGUGGUCCCUCUUUCCUCAAUUCGUCCCUCUCUCCUCUGGUCGGUCCCUCUCACCCUCAUUUACUCACCCGGUUGGGGUUGAUGCCAGCAGCAGCCACGUACAUGUCCAGCUUCUCCACCGGUGCUGACACCAGCUCUUUACACCCUUCCCCCCAGCCACGUACAUGUUCAGCUUCUCCACCGGUGCUGACACCAGGUCUUUACACCCUUCCCCCCAGCCACGUACAUGUUCAGCUUCUCCACAGGUUCUGGAGUGGUCCCUCUUUCCUCAAUUCGUCCCUCUCUCCUCUGGUCGGUCCCUCUCACCCUCAUUUACUCACCCGGUUGGGGUUGAUGCCAGCAGCAGCCACGUACAUGUCCAGCUUCUCCACCGGUGCUGACACCAGCUCUUUACACCCUUCCCCCCAGCCACGUACAUGUUCAGCUUCUCCACCGGUGCUGACACCAGGUCUUUACACCCUUCCCCCCAGCCACGUACAUGUUCAGCUUCUCCACAGGUUCUGGAGUGGUCCCUCUUUCCUCAAUUCGUCCCUCUCUCCUCUGGUCGGUCCCUCUCACCCUCAUUUACUCACCCGGUUGGGGUUGAUGCCAGCAGCAGCCACGUACAUGUCCAGCUUCUCCACCGGUGCUGACACCAGCUCUUUACACCCUUCCCCCCAGCCACGUACAUGUUCAGCUUCUCCACUGGUGCUGACACCAGGUCUUUACACCCUUCCCCCCAGCCACGUACAUGUUCAGCUUCUCCACAGGUUCUGGAGUGGUCCCUCUUUCCUCAAUUCGUCCCUCUCUCCUCUGGUCGGUCCCUCUCACCCUCAUUUACUCACCCGGUUGGGGUUGAUGCCAGCAGCAGCCACGUACAUGUCCAGCUUCUCCACCGGUGCUGACACCAGCUCUUUACACCCUUCCCCCCAGCCACGUACAUGUUCAGCUUCUCCACCGGUGCUGACACCAGGUCUUUACACCCUUCCCCCCAGCCACGUACAUGUUCAGCUUCUCCACAGGUUCUGGAGUGGUCCCUCUUUCCUCAAUUCGUCCCUCUCUCCUCUGGUCGGUCCCUCUCACCCUCAUUUACUCACCCGGUUGGGGUUGAUGCCAGCAGCAGCCACGUACAUGUCCAGCUUCUCCACCGGUGCUGACACCAGCUCUUUACACCCUUCCCCCCAGCCACGUACAUGUUCAGCUUCUCCACCGGUGCUGACACCAGGUCUUUACACCCUUCCCCCCAGCCACGUACAUGUUCAGCUUCUCCACAGGUUCUGGAGUGGUCCCUCUUUCCUCAAUUCGUCCCUCUCUCCUCUGGUCGGUCCCUCUCACCCUCAUUUACUCACCCGGUUGGGGUUGAUGCCAGCAGCAGCCACGUACAUGUCCAGCUUCUCCACCGGUGCUGACACCAGGUUCUGGAGUGGUCCCUCUUUCCUCAAUUCGUCCCUCUCUCCUCUGGUCGGUCCCUCUCACCCUCAUUUACUCACCCGGUUGGGGUUGAUGCCAGCAGCAGCCACGUACAUGUCCAGCUUCUCCACCGGUGCUGACACCAGCUCUUUACACCCUUCCCCCCAGCCACGUACAUGUUCAGCUUCUCCACCGGUGCUGACACCAGGUCUUUACACCCUUCCCCCCAGCCACGUACAUGUUCAGCUUCUCCACAGGUUCUGGAGUGGUCCCUCUUUCCUCAAUUCGUCCCUCUCUCCUCUGGUCGGUCCCUCUCACCCUCAUUUACUCACCCGGUUGGGGUUGAUGCCAGCAGCAGCCACGUACAUGUCCAGCUUCUCCACCGGUGCUGACACCAGCUCUUUACACCCUUCCCCCCAGCCACGUACAUGUUCAGCUUCUCCACCGGUGCUGACACCAGGUCUUUACACCCUUCCCCCCAGCCACGUACAUGUUCAGCUUCUCCACAGGUUCUGGAGUGGUCCCUCUUUCCUCAAUUCGUCCCUCUCUCCUCUGGUCGGUCCCUCUCACCCUCAUUUACUCACCCGGUUGGGGUUGAUGCCAGCAGCAGCCACGUACAUGUCCAGCUUCUCCACCGGUGCUGACACCAGCUCUUUACACCCUUCCCCCCAGCCACGUACAUGUUCAGCUUCUCCACAGGUUCUGGAGUGGUCCCUCUUUCCUCAAUUCGUCCCUCUCUCCUCUGGUCGGUCCCUCUCACCCUCAUUUACUCACCCGGUCUUUACACCCUUCCCCCCAGCCACGUACAUGUUCAGCUUCUCCACAGGUUCUGGAGUGGUCCCUCUUUCCUCAAUUCGUCCCUCUCUCCUCUGGUCGGUCCCUCUCACCCUCAUUUACUCACCCGGUUGGGGUCUUUACACCCUUCCCCCCAGCCACGUACAUGUUCAGCUUCUCCACAGGUUCUGGAGUGGUCCCUCUUUCCUCAAUUCGUCCCUCUCUCCUUUGGUCGGUCCCUCUCACCCUCAUUUACUCACCCGGUUGGGGUUGAUGCCAGCAGCAGCCACGUACAUGUCCAGCUUCUCCACCGGUGCUGACACCAGCUCUUUACACCCUUCCCCCCAGCCACGUACAUGUUCAGCUUCUCCACCGGUGCUGACACCAGGUCUUUACACCCUUCCCCCCAGCCACGUACAUGUUCAGCUUCUCCACAGGUUCUGGAGUGGUCCCUCUUUCCUCAAUUCGUCCCUCUCUCCUCUGGUCGGUCCCUCUCACCCUCAUUUACUCACCCGGUUGGGGUUGAUGCCAGCAGCAGCCACGUACAUGUCCAGCUUCUCCACCGGUGCUGACACCAGCUCUUUACACCCUUCCCCCCAGCCACGUACAUGUUCAGCUUCUCCACCGGUGCUGACACCAGGUCUUUACACCCUUCCCCCCAGCCACGUACAUGUUCAGCUUCUCCACAGGUUCUGGAGUGGUCCCUCUUUCCUCAAUUCGUCCCUCUCUCCUCUGGUCGGUCCCUCUCACCCUCAUUUACUCACCCGGUUGGGGUUGAUGCCAGCAGCAGCCACGUACAUGUCCAGCUUCUCCACCGGUGCUGACACCAGGUUCUGGAGUGGUCCCUCUUUCCUCAAUUCGUCCCUCUCUCCUCUGGUCGGUCCCUCUCACCCUCAUUUACUCACCCGGUUGGGGUUGAUGCCAGCAGCAGCCACGUACAUGUCCAGCUUCUCCACCGGUGCUGACACCAGCUCUUUACACCCUUCCCCCCAGCCACGUACAUGUUCAGCUUCUCCACCGGUGCUGACACCAGGUCUUUACACCCUUCCCCCCAGCCACGUACAUGUUCAGCUUCUCCACAGGUUCUGGAGUGGUCCCUCUUUCCUCAAUUCGUCCCUCUCUCCUCUGGUCGGUCCCUCUCACCCUCAUUUACUCACCCGGUUGGGGUUGAUGCCAGCAGCAGCCACGUACAUGUCCAGCUUCUCCACCGGUGCUGACACCAGGUUCUGGAGUGGUCCCUCUUUCCUCAAUUCGUCCCUCUCUCCUCUGGUCGGUCCCUCUCACCCUCAUUUACUCACCCGGUUGGGGUUGAUGCCAGCAGCAGCCACGUACAUGUCCAGCUUCUCCACCGGUGCUGACACCAGGUUCUGGAGUGGUCCCUCUUUCCUCAAUUCGUCCCUCUCUCCUCUGGUCGGUCCCUCUCACCCUCAUUUACUCACCCGGUUGGGGUUGAUGCCAGCAGCAGCCACGUACAUGUCCAGCUUCUCCACCGGUGCUGACACCAGGUUCUGGAGUGGUCCCUCUUUCCUCAAUUCGUCCCUCUCUCCUCUGGUCGGUCCCUCUCACCCUCAUUUACUCACCCGGUUGGGGUUGAUGCCAGCAGCAGCCACGUACAUGUCCAGCUUCUCCACCGGUGCUGACACCAGCUCUUUACACCCUUCCCCCCAGCCACGUACAUGUUCAGCUUCUCCACCGGUGCUGACACCAGGUCUUUACACCCUUCCCCCCAGCCACGUACAUGUUCAGCUUCUCCACAGGUUCUGGAGUGGUCCCUCUUUCCUCAAUUCGUCCCUCUCUCCUCUGGUCGGUCCCUCUCACCCUCAUUUACUCACCCGGUUGGGGUUGAUGCCAGCAGCAGCCACGUACAUGUCCAGCUUCUCCACCGGUGCUGACACCAGCUCUUUACACCCUUCCCCCCAGCCACGUACAUGUUCAGCUUCUCCACCGGUGCUGACACCAGGUCUUUACACCCUUCCCCCCAGCCACGUACAUGUUCAGCUUCUCCACAGGUUCUGGAGUGGUCCCUCUUUCCUCAAUUCGUCCCUCUCUCCUCUGGUCGGUCCCUCUCACCCUCAUUUACUCACCCGGUUGGGGUUGAUGCCAGCAGCAGCCACGUACAUGUCCAGCUUCUCCACCGGUGCUGACACCAGCUCUUUACACCCUUCCCCCCAGCCACGUACAUGUUCAGCUUCUCCACCGGUGCUGACACCAGGUCUUUACACCCUUCCCCCCAGCCACGUACAUGUUCAGCUUCUCCACAGGUUCUGGAGUGGUCCCUCUUUCCUCAAUUCGUCCCUCUCUCCUCUGGUCGGUCCCUCUCACCCUCAUUUACUCACCCGGUUGGGGUUGAUGCCAGCAGCAGCCACGUACAUGUCCAGCUUCUCCACCGGUGCUGACACCAGCUCUUUACACCCUUCCCCCCAGCCACGUACAUGUUCAGCUUCUCCACCGGUGCUGACACCAGGUCUUUACACCCUUCCCCCCAGCCACGUACAUGUUCAGCUUCUCCACAGGUUCUGGAGUGGUCCCUCUUUCCUCAAUUCGUCCCUCUCUCCUCUGGUCGGUCCCUCUCACCCUCAUUUACUCACCCGGUUGGGGUUGAUGCCAGCAGCAGCCACGUACAUGUCCAGCUUCUCCACCGGUGCUGACACCAGGUUCUGGAGUGGUCCCUCUUUCCUCAAUUCGUCCCUCUCUCCUCUGGUCGGUCCCUCUCACCCUCAUUUACUCACCCGGUUGGGGUUGAUGCCAGCAGCAGCCACGUACAUGUCCAGCUUCUCCACCGGUGCUGACACCAGGUUCUGGAGUGGUCCCUCUUUCCUCAAUUCGUCCCUCUCUCCUCUGGUCGGUCCCUCUCACCCUCAUUUACUCACCCGGUUGGGGUUGAUGCCAGCAGCAGCCACGUACAUGUCCAGCUUCUCCACCGGUGCUGACACCAGCUCUUUACACCCUUCCCCCCAGCCACGUACAUGUUCAGCUUCUCCACCGGUGCUGACACCAGGUCUUUACACCCUUCCCCCCAGCCACGUACAUGUUCAGCUUCUCCACAGGUUCUGGAGUGGUCCCUCUUUCCUCAAUUCGUCCCUCUCUCCUCUGGUCGGUCCCUCUCACCCUCAUUUACUCACCCGGUUGGGGUUGAUGCCAGCAGCAGCCACGUACAUGUCCAGCUUCUCCACCGGUGCUGACACCAGCUCUUUACACCCUUCCCCCCAGCCACGUACAUGUUCAGCUUCUCCACCGGUGCUGACACCAGGUCUUUACACCCUUCCCCCCAGCCACGUACAUGUUCAGCUUCUCCACAGGUUCUGGAGUGGUCCCUCUUUCCUCAAUUCGUCCCUCUCUCCUCUGGUCGGUCCCUCUCACCCUCAUUUACUCACCCGGUUGGGGUUGAUGCCAGCAGCAGCCACGUACAUGUCCAGCUUCUCCACCGGUGCUGACACCAGCUCUUUACACCCUUCCCCCCAGCCACGUACAUGUUCAGCUUCUCCACCGGUGCUGACACCAGGUCUUUACACCCUUCCCCCCAGCCACGUACAUGUUCAGCUUCUCCACAGGUUCUGGAGUGGUCCCUCUUUCCUCAAUUCGUCCCUCUCUCCUCUGGUCGGUCCCUCUCACCCUCAUUUACUCACCCGGUUGGGGUUGAUGCCAGCAGCAGCCACGUACAUGUCCAGCUUCUCCACCGGUGCUGACACCAGCUCUUUACACCCUUCCCCCCAGCCACGUACAUGUUCAGCUUCUCCACCGGUGCUGACACCAGGUCUUUACACCCUUCCCCCCAGCCACGUACAUGUUCAGCUUCUCCACAGGUUCUGGAGUGGUCCCUCUUUCCUCAAUUCGUCCCUCUCUCCUCUGGUCGGUCCCUCUCACCCUCAUUUACUCACCCGGUUGGGGUUGAUGCCAGCAGCAGCCACGUACAUGUCCAGCUUCUCCACCGGUGCUGACACCAGGUUCUGGAGUGGUCCCUCUUUCCUCAAUUCGUCCCUCUCUCCUCUGGUCGGUCCCUCUCACCCUCAUUUACUCACCCGGUUGGGGUUGAUGCCAGCAGCAGCCACGUACAUGUCCAGCUUCUCCACCGGUGCUGACACCAGGUUCUGGAGUGGUCCCUCUUUCCUCAAUUCGUCCCUCUCUCCUCUGGUCGGUCCCUCUCACCCUCAUUUACUCACCCGGUUGGGGUUGAUGCCAGCAGCAGCCACGUACAUGUCCAGCUUCUCCACCGGUGCUGACACCAGCUCUUUACACCCUUCCCCCCAGCCACGUACAUGUUCAGCUUCUCCACCGGUGCUGACACCAGGUCUUUACACCCUUCCCCCCAGCCACGUACAUGUUCAGCUUCUCCACAGGUUCUGGAGUGGUCCCUCUUUCCUCAAUUCGUCCCUCUCUCCUCUGGUCGGUCCCUCUCACCCUCAUUUACUCACCCGGUUGGGGUUGAUGCCAGCAGCAGCCACGUACAUGUCCAGCUUCUCCACCGGUGCUGACACCAGCUCUUUACACCCUUCCCCCCAGCCACGUACAUGUUCAGCUUCUCCACCGGUGCUGACACCAGGUCUUUACACCCUUCCCCCCAGCCACGUACAUGUUCAGCUUCUCCACAGGUUCUGGAGUGGUCCCUCUUUCCUCAAUUCGUCCCUCUCUCCUCUGGUCGGUCCCUCUCACCCUCAUUUACUCACCCGGUUGGGGUUGAUGCCAGCAGCAGCCACGUACAUGUCCAGCUUCUCCACCGGUGCUGACACCAGCUCUUUACACCCUUCCCCCCAGCCACGUACAUGUUCAGCUUCUCCACCGGUGCUGACACCAGGUCUUUACACCCUUCCCCCCAGCCACGUACAUGUUCAGCUUCUCCACAGGUUCUGGAGUGGUCCCUCUUUCCUCAAUUCGUCCCUCUCUCCUCUGGUCGGUCCCUCUCACCCUCAUUUACUCACCCGGUUGGGGUUGAUGCCAGCAGCAGCCACGUACAUGUCCAGCUUCUCCACCGGUGCUGACACCAGCUCUUUACACCCUUCCCCCCAGCCACGUACAUGUUCAGCUUCUCCACCGGUGCUGACACCAGGUCUUUACACCCUUCCCCCCAGCCACGUACAUGUUCAGCUUCUCCACAGGUUCUGGAGUGGUCCCUCUUUCCUCAAUUCGUCCCUCUCUCCUCUGGUCGGUCCCUCUCACCCUCAUUUACUCACCCGGUUGGGGUUGAUGCCAGCAGCAGCCACGUACAUGUCCAGCUUCUCCACCGGUGCUGACACCAGCUCUUUACACCCUUCCCCCCAGCCACGUACAUGUUCAGCUUCUCCACCGGUGCUGACACCAGGUCUUUACACCCUUCCCCCCAGCCACGUACAUGUUCAGCUUCUCCACAGGUUCUGGAGUGGUCCCUCUUUCCUCAAUUCGUCCCUCUCUCCUCUGGUCGGUCCCUCUCACCCUCAUUUACUCACCCGGUUGGGGUUGAUGCCAGCAGCAGCCACGUACAUGUCCAGCUUCUCCACCGGUGCUGACACCAGCUCUUUACACCCUUCCCCCCAGCCACGUACAUAUUCAGCUUCUCCACCGGUGCUGACACCAGGUCUUUACACCCUUCCCCCCAGCCACGUACAUGUUCAGCUUCUCCACAGGUUCUGGAGUGGUCCCUCUUUCCUCAAUUCGUCCCUCUCUCCUCUGGUCGGUCCCUCUCACCCUCAUUUACUCACCCGGUUGGGGUUGAUGCCAGCAGCAGCCACGUACAUGUCCAGCUUCUCCACCGGUGCUGACACCAGCUCUUUACACCCUUCCCCCCAGCCACGUACAUGUUCAGCUUCUCCACCGGUGCUGACACCAGGUCUUUACACCCUUCCCCCCAGCCACGUACAUGUUCAGCUUCUCCACAGGUUCUGGAGUGGUCCCUCUUUCCUCAAUUCGUCCCUCUCUCCUCUGGUCGGUCCCUCUCACCCUCAUUUACUCACCCGGUUGGGGUUGAUGCCAGCAGCAGCCACGUACAUGUCCAGCUUCUCCACCGGUGCUGACACCAGCUCUUUACACCCUUCCCCCCAGCCACGUACAUGUUCAUCUUCUCCACCGGUGCUGACACCAGGUCUUUACACCCUUCCCCCCAGCCACGUACAUGUUCAGCUUCUCCACAGGUUCUGGAGUGGUCCCUCUUUCCUCAAUUCGUCCCUCUCUCCUCUGGUCGGUCCCUCUCACCCUCAUUUACUCACCCGGUUGGGGUUGAUGCCAGCAGCAGCCACGUACAUGUCCAGCUUCUCCACCGGUGCUGACACCAGCUCUUUACACCCUUCCCCCCAGCCACGUACAUGUUCAGCUUCUCCACCGGUGCUGACACCAGGUCUUUACACCCUUCCCCCCAGCCACGUACAUGUUCAGCUUCUCCACAGGUUCUGGAGUGGUCCCUCUUUCCUCAAUUCGUCCCUCUCUCCUCUGGUCGGUCCCUCUCACCCUCAUUUACUCACCCGGUUGGGGUUGAUGCCAGCAGCAGCCACGUACAUGUCCAGCUUCUCCACCGGUGCUGACACCAGCUCUUUACACCCUUCCCCCCAGCCACGUACAUGUUCAGCUUCUCCACCGGUGCUGACACCAGGUCUUUACACCCUUCCCCCCAGCCACGUACAUGUUCAGCUUCUCCACAGGUUCUGGAGUGGUCCCUCUUUCCUCAAUUCGUCCCUCUCUCCUCUGGUCGGUCCCUCUCACCCUCAUUUACUCACCCGGUUGGGGUUGAUGCCAGCAGCAGCCACGUACAUGUCCAGCUUCUCCACCGGUGCUGACACCAGCUCUUUACACCCUUCCCCCCAGCCACGUACAUGUUCAGCUUCUCCACCGGUGCUGACACCAGGUCUUUACACCCUUCCCCCCAGCCACGUACAUGUUCAGCUUCUCCACAGGUUCUGGAGUGGUCCCUCUUUCCUCAAUUCGUCCCUCUCUCCUCUGGUCGGUCCCUCUCACCCUCAUUUACUCACCCGGUUGGGGUUGAUGCCAGCAGCAGCCACGUACAUGUCCAGCUUCUCCACCGGUGCUGACACCAGCUCUUUACACCCUUCCCCCCAGCCACGUACAUGUUCAGCUUCUCCACCGGUGCUGACACCAGGUCUUUACACCCUUCCCCCCAGCCACGUACAUGUUCAGCUUCUCCACAGGUUCUGGAGUGGUCCCUCUUUCCUCAAUUCGUCCCUCUCUCCUCUGGUCGGUCCCUCUCACCCUCAUUUACUCACCCGGUUGGGGUUGAUGCCAGCAGCAGCCACGUACAUGUCCAGCUUCUCCACCGGUGCUGACACCAGCUCUUUACACCCUUCCCCCCAGCCACGUACAUGUUCAGCUUCUCCACCGGUGCUGACACCAGGUCUUUACACCCUUCCCCCCAGCCACGUACAUGUUCAGCUUCUCCACAGGUUCUGGAGUGGUCCCUCUUUCCUCAAUUCGUCCCUCUCUCCUCUGGUCGGUCCCUCUCACCCUCAUUUACUCACCCGGUUGGGGUUGAUGCCAGCAGCAGCCACGUACAUGUCCAGCUUCUCCACCGGUGCUGACACCAGCUCUUUACACCCUUCCCCCCAGCCACGUACAUGUUCAGCUUCUCCACCGGUGCUGACACCAGGUCUUUACACCCUUCCCCCCAGCCACGUACAUGUUCAGCUUCUCCACAGGUUCUGGAGUGGUCCCUCUUUCCUCAAUUCGUCCCUCUCUCCUCUGGUCGGUCCCUCUCACCCUCAUUUACUCACCCGGUUGGGGUUGAUGCCAGCAGCAGCCACGUACAUGUCCAGCUUCUCCACCGGUGCUGACACCAGCUCUUUACACCCUUCCCCCCAGCCACGUACAUGUUCAGCUUCUCCACCGGUGCUGACACCAGGUCUUUACACCCUUCCCCCCAGCCACGUACAUGUUCAGCUUCUCCACAGGUUCUGGAGUGGUCCCUCUUUCCUCAAUUCGUCCCUCUCUCCUCUGGUCGGUCCCUCUCACCCUCAUUUACUCACCCGGUUGGGGUUGAUGCCAGCAGCAGCCACGUACAUGUCCAGCUUCUCCACCGGUGCUGACACCAGCUCUUUACACCCUUCCCCCCAGCCACGUACAUGUUCAGCUUCUCCACAGGUUCUGGAGUGGUCCCUCUUUCCUCAAUUCGUCCCUCUCUCCUCUGGUCGGUCCCUCUCACCCUCAUUUACUCACCCGGUUGGGGUUGAUGCCAGCAGCAGCCACGUACAUGUCCAGCUUCUCCACCGGUGCUGA